UGUUGUCAACAAGUUAGUGUCUGUCUCAAAAUAAUGUAACAGAGGUCUUGAUAAAAUCAUUGCAUCUCUAUAUGAGAUCAUUUAAAUCUUCGAGUUGUGAUCUGAGAGAUGACAGGAAAUAAUAUGGAAUUGGAAGAGAUGCCAUCGAAUAAAGUCAACGAUGUCCAAAUUGACACAGUGGAAUCAUUGACAAGACAAGAUCCCUGGGAGUUACCUGAAGUUCAAGUCAACUAUACGAAAUGGUCAGAAUUGAGCUGUCUUAUGAAGAUUAAGAGAGUUGCAGUUUCUGUUGGAAAGACAAUUUUACUACUCGGAUGUUUAUAUUUCUUUAUUUGCUCUCUAGACUUGCUGAGUAAAUCAUUCAAGUUAAUUGGAGGAAAAACGGCAGGUUCAGUGUUUCAAAAUAGCGAUGUACUUAGUAACCCUGUUGCCGGCCUGAUGAUUGGUGUCCUAGCAACCGUUCUCUUUCAAUCUUCCUCAACAACCACUGGUAUAGCAAUUAGUUUAGCAGUUUCUAAAGUGCUGACAGUCCGUGAUGUGAUACCUAUUGUUAUGGGUGCAAACAUAGGAACAUCAACGACAAAUACAAUUGUAGCUUUAGGACAGAUCACAAAACAAGAAGAGUUUAGACGAGCUUUUGCUGGAGCAACUAUUCAUGACAUGUUUAAUUGGAUGACUGUUAUCGUAUUUCUUCCACUUGAAGCAGCAACAGGCUACCUGUAUUACUUCACCACUAAGGCCAUUGUGGCAUCCAUAGACUUUCCGAAAUCAAGAGAGAAACGAAAAUCGUUACAACUACUGAAAACGAUUACCAAACCAUUCACAAGCCAAAUUAUGCAGCUUAACAAGCACGUUCUGUCUGAUAUUGCUGAAGGAAAAGAAGGUGCUAGUGACAAAAGUAUAAUCAAACAUUGCUGCAAAUGGAAUUCAUAUAACAGAUCGUUUACUCAGAUCAAUGCCAAUAUUAGCAGUUUUGAAAAUGAAACCAGUUUGCAUUUGCAAAAUAUACCAAACAAAAUCUGUGUCGCUAAAUGUCAGUUCCUGUUUGAAUCUGUUUCUUGGAGCGACACAACGAUUGGAAUCGUAUUGCUGAUCUUCACAUUGAUCAUCUUAAGCGCUUGUUUCUUCACAUUAGUUCGGACGCUUUAUUCUGUAAUGAGAGGACCAAUUCUUGCACUUAUUCGAAAGUUUAUCAAUUCCGAUUUCCCUGGAAUAUUCCGGUAUUUAACAGGAUAUAUUGCAAUUUUAAUAGGCACUGGAGUUACAAUGGUCAUACAAUCAAGUUCUGUGUUUACGUCAGCUUUGACACCUUUAGUGGGCAUUGGAAUUCUUUCACUGGAACGUAUGUACCCAUUGACAUUAGGUGCAAAUCUCGGAACAACUUUCACGGCUAUAAUAAUUGCAUUAUCACAGAAUGCAGACGACAUGCCUAUUGCCUUCCACGUAGCUUUGCGUCACGUUUUCUUUAACAUUUCCGGUGUAUUGCUUUACUAUCCAAUCUACCUGUAA